CAAGCUCAAGUACUAUACCCUUCCUCUCUUACACUUAUUUGUUUCCCAACUCAUAGGCAAUAUGCCGGCCACCAACGACGUGCUGAAGCUGACCGCAGAAGAGGAGGAGGAGGCGUGCGCGCGCGCCCUUCAACUGUCGUGCGGCGCCGUCCUUCCCAUGGUCCUCAAGGUGGCCAUCGAGCUCGGCCUCUUACAGAUCAUCGUCAAGUCUGGCCCAGCCACCCCACUGAGCUCCGAGGAGAUUGCCGCCCAGCUGCCGAGCGAGAACCCGGAGGCUGCAGCCGCUUGGGUCGAUCGGAUUCUCCGCUUACUCGCCGCCAACAAGAUCGUCGGCUGCGUCGUCGAGGUCGGCGCCGACGAUCGCCGCUCGCGGAAGUACCGCAUGGCACCCAUCUGCAAGUAUCUCACGGAGAAUGAGGAUGGUUCUCUAGCUAACCUGCUUCUGAUGCAUCACGAUAAAGUCUUCCUGGAUUUAUGGCACUACCUGAAGGGUUCGGUCUUGGACGGCGGCCUCCCGGUGAUGGCCGCCUACGGGAUGUCGUGUUUCGACUACCAAAGCACCGAUCCACGGUUCAACAAGAUAUUCAACGAGGCCAUGCGGGGCCACACCGCCGUUAUCGUAAACCAACUUCUCCGCACCUACGGCGGCUUCGACGACGUGAAGGUGCUCGUCGACGUGGGCGGUGGCGUCGGUGCCACCCUCGGCAUGAUCACUUCCAGACACCCCCACAUCAAGGGCAUCAACUUAGACCUCCCGCACGUCAUCUCCGGCGCACAACCCCUGCCAGGAGUGAAGCACGUUAGCGGAGACAUGUUUGAAGCUGUUCCCAGUGGAGAUGCUAUUUUCCUCAAGUGGAUUCUUCACGAUUGGAAUGAUGGGCAUUGCGCGAAGUUGCUGAACAAUUGUUGGAAGGCUCUUUCCGAGAAGGGGAAGGUGAUCGUGAUCGAAUGCAUUCUUCCAGAAGUUCCAGAGGUGACUCCGAGAGAUCAGUACAUCUACCAGUUAGAUAUCUGCAUGUUGGCCUACACAAUUGGGGGCAAAGAGAGAACGAAGCAAGAGUUCCAAGCUCUAGCAAUGGAUGCCGGUUUUACCGGAUUCAAAGCUCUUCCUGUGUUCGCCGGCACAUGCAUCAUGGAACUCACCAAGUAGACUAGAGAAUUUGAACUCUUUUCCUGAUUAUUGUGCUUCAAGAUUCUGUUCUUGAUGGAAACUUUUAUUUGGUGUGCUAAAUAAACUUCCGAUAAGAUUUAUUGGAUCGGAAUGCUCUACUGCCUAGCAAUGA